AUGGUCUAUUUUGCCUUUAUGACAUUCUUUCCCUUCCUAAAUAGCUUGCUAGAACGUUUCUUUUCUUUUGAUUUAUGGGAUAUGCCUGCGCAAAGAUUUUUCCACGGUAUUAUGUCUAAAUUGUAUGAUGAACGUAAAGAUGAUCCUGAGGCUAAAGAUAAAUAUAAUGACAUUUUUCAAUUAUUGAUGAAUGCUGUAAAUGAUUCUGAGGCCUCCGAAAUAGAGGAUGUUACAAAGGGUCAAACUACCUAUGAACUAAACAAUAAUUUGAUAACGAAACAAUAUGAUAAAUAUCUCAGCAAAAUAGAGCUUUUUGCUCAAGGGCUUAUACUUUUAAUUGCUGGAUAUGAUACAACAGGUUCAGUUUUGCAAUUUGCUAUUUAUAUGCUUGCAAUGAAUCCAGAAGUUCAGGCAAAAUUGAGAGAGGAAAUUAAUUGUGAACAAAUUUCAUAUGAGCAUUUAAAAAGGAUGGAGUAUCUACAAGCAGUUGUUCAGGAAACUUUAAGAAUGUAUCCGCCAGCUCCCUCGUAA